GAUUAUUAUAACUUAGAUAAUGACCGAACACAUAGCAGAAAAAUUUUUCCUGCGCAGGAAAAAAAAUUGGUUUAUAAGCACAAAUUUUUCGAUGAUGACGAAAUUGAGAGGAAAACUGAUACUUUUAUGUCCUUCUAUCGUUCACCAAAUAUUAUAGGACCCAAUACUGGCAAAGCACUUAUAGAAACUCGUGUUAAAAAUGUUAAGGAGGCACAUCAGUGUCUUGAAUCUGGCGCUAAAGAUGAUUUCACUGAUGAUAUUGAAUAUGCACUCAGCACACUGACUGAUCCAUUAUCAACACCAAGUUUGAAGUGUCUCAGCAUCAUUUCUUUAUCAAGAAAAUGUAUAUCUUCCGAAUUUCGCCAGUUUUUCCGUUCUCAGAACUUUUUUGGGAAGAUUGUCAAAACAUUAGGCGAUUCAAAUAUGGCUAUAUGUAUAAGCUCUAUGAUCUAUUUAAUAUCUCGUGACACUGUAUCUCUCGACGUUGAUGCUGUAUCUUUAAGAUUAUUUAAUCAAUUACUCAAAUGGGAUAAACCAAAAGGAAAUGGAGAAUAUAUGCGAUUUUCAAAAAUGAGUUUUUUUCAGCCGUCAUUUCUUGUACUUGAAUCGCUAGUAUAUAUUUGUGCACGCAAAACCGACAACCAGAUUCUGAAGAAAGAACUUCUUAAUUUGGGGAUAUUGCAGUGGAUUGUUUCUAAAUGUAAAUUUUUUUAUACCUGUCUGAAAAUUUUAGAAAGAUGUUUACGGGUAUUGGAAUCGGCAAUAGUUUGUAAUAAGAAAAACCAAGCUUUUUUAAUCAGCCAUAGAGGCAGUCUACUUAUUCAGUCUUCUGUGAAGUUUGUCCCAUUUUUUUUAUUAUUUGAGCAGAGUAUCACUUGUCUCAGUCGAGUCGCUGGUUUACUUAUGAAUAUGUCGCAUGAAAAUGAGCUUUGUUCUACAAAGCUUGGUCAGAUGAGCGGAUUUUUGCCUCUUUGCAUGUCUUCAUUUACAUAUUUGGUUCCAAAAUUCGCUGCUAAAGAGAAACGUUUCGAUCUUACAGUUUUAGUAAGUGUCAUUAUAAUAAGUGAUGAAACCAUACACAGAAAUCUUUUUGUGACAGUGUUAUUUGUAUAUCAUGAAUCUAUUGCCCGCAGUAUUGAUGAAGAACUGGAUAAUGAUUUGGUACUGGAAGAUGUGCCUGAUGAUUCAAACUGCACAGAUGAUGACGACGACGGUCGUUUACAUCGUUUGCCAGCAGAAUUAACAGAAGAUGAGAUGAUUGAAACUGUACAAAAAGCAAUGAAUAAGGCUAGCAAACAUAUGGAGGAUUCAGUUCUUGCAUCUUAUUUUGCUCUUCUUAUCGGAUGUCUUCUACAGCAGAAUGAGGUUAUAAAGUCGGAAUUGUCAGGUGGCAAAUUGACGUUAAUGAUCGAACAGUUACAGCGUUUUCUAGAAUUUAUGAAAAUAUCCAUUAUUAAAUAA